GAGUAAGUGCCGGCGGCCGCGCCAACCGCAGUGACAGUCCCCGCGCCGCCGCCGAGUAAGAAGCUCGCGACACGACACAACGCAACACAGCACGACAUGGAGACCAAGAAAUUCACCAGGAAGGAGAUCGCCGAGAGGGACACCAAAGCAGAGACGGUGUUCGUUAUAGCCAACAAAGUGUACGAUGUGACCAAGUUCGUCGACGACCAUCCGGGCGGGCACGAAAUCCUCGUGAACGUGGCCGGCAAGGACGCGUCGGAACAGUUCGAGGACGCCGGCCACAGCUUGGACGCCAAGGAGCUGAUGCAAAAGUACUUCAUCGGGGAGGUGGUGGAGCAGGACAAGCGACAGACAAGUGGCCAGAACGUAAACUGGAACCUGCCGCCGCAGACCGAGGACUCUGAGAGUGGCUUCCUCUCCUCAUGGAAAUUUCCUGUCGCGCUGGGCCUGGUGCUCACCCUCCUCUACACCUACCUCUUCGGAUAAACUUUACUCUUUAACAUUGUGUUAGGGCCGGUGCAGCUAUGUCAUUGUUUUGCACCGGAUGAGUGGGGACGGACAGCGCCACGGACCGGUUCUUCGGCGUCGGGCGGUCGGUUCUUGCCCUCGCCUUGCGUGUCUGUAAAUAAAUUGCGUUUGCGCAUUGAGGACGAACGAGUGCUUGUCAUUAUCUUAUUAAGUAUUGUUUUGUUCAAGUUUUAUACCAACCUAUAUUAUGUAACCGAUAAUAAAGGUAAUUUUGUUACGUUA